GGGAGAACGCGGCAACAUUGCAGCAAGACAUCACAGCGGCUGAGCUGGCACAGAGUGAGGUUGGGAGUUGGUUUGGAGAUGCCAGACAGCGGUUGUGGUUGGAUGAUGUGCUUUCAGCGGUUGUCAACACCAUUUCUGCAACAGGACAUGCCAAGCUGGCCUCCUCACCUUCCAAUGUAAGUGACUUACCAGUGGUUCCAUAUGUCAUCGGGCUUGCGCUUGAGUUUGCCAUUGUGGGCAAGGUCUAUCUCAACAAGCGAGUCAUCAACCAGUGGUCAAAGCUCCGGCCAACUUUGCAGAGCAUGAUCGUCACUUAUUUGGACAAGAUGCACGCAGUAAUCCCAAAAGGCCAAGAUGUUGAGGCUGUCUUGCACAAGCUCUUGGUGGACGCUUCCCAGAACCGUGUGGCAGAUUUGAUGGCUUCAAAUGGAAUCCAAAAAGAUGCUCAUGGUUCAGCUUCUGGCUUGGCACGAUCCGUUUUGGGCAGCAAAACCGCGUUGACGGCAACGGAAGCCUGGCUCAAGACCAACAAUGACAAGGACUUCAGGAAGCAUGCUGUGGAUGAUGAUUCGAUGGCCAGACAAGUGGCAGGACCCCCAGCCAUUAUCACAGUGGUUGGCAGCUCUGCACUGAUUGUUGGCGCAGACAUGGAAAAGGAAUCGAAGAGAUUAGCAAAUCUUUCCAAGACAGAAGCAGCCACCACCAAGGAAGGUGCGGAGAUUGAGUCAAUCACAGGAACAUUUGGGAAAGACUGCAAAUUUCUUGUCAGUGAGACAUCAAAGGAUGACAAAGCCAAGGAAAAGUUCAGUGAGGGAGUUAUUGAACUUCUUAUGGUGGGCAGGGUGCGGUAUCUUUUGGCUGCUGCAGCCAUCAUGAUGAAGAGGCCUCACUAUGGUCCAAAAGAGGAUCGUUCCACAGCUGCCAGUUCAGGCGCUGCAAAAGGCACACAUGCUCACCUCAAGUACAUUCGUUUCGAUGAUAUUGGGGACUUGGAGGCUGCGCUUCUUUGCCAAAUCCUGCAGCUUCUUACCAGCGUGAGCACCAGUAGCAAGAACGAGCAUGAACAGACAGCUGCCAAAUUUGUUUUGUCUUUGGAAGCCCGCUUUGCUUUCCAAACCCCAAGUGAUGCAAGUGGUGAUGUACAAGAUGUUGCGUGGUCAACUAUGUGGGCUUCAACAUUGACACACGUCUUGAAGAAGGCCAAGAAAGCGUGCCCCAAGCAAGAGUACUGUGCAGAGGACUUUGAUCUUUCCGCCAAGUUGGUAGAAUGGCUGCCAUUGGUCUCCGCCAUGUGUCCCAAGAGCAUUAUCCCUGAUGCCACUGCCAACGCCAAGAAUGUCAAGACUGAAAGUGAGGAUGCAGCAGCAUCAAGUGCAAAGCCAAGUGCUGAGGGGCAAUCUCACAGCACCUUGACCACUGCUACUCCAUCUUUGAUGCAAAUCCUCAACAUGCAUGGGAUUGAAGAGGCAAAGGGUAGCGACAUCAAUGUUUUGGAUGUACUGGCGAUCAAAGCGGCGGUCCAAGUACAUUUGCUGAGCAAUGCUGCGUAA